AUGUCGUCCAACAAUGAUGAUCGUGACUCAACAAGCCAACGGCGUUCCAGCACUUCAGAAGACUCAUCUCUGGAGAGCAAACUGAACGCUGCAUUGAACAUUCUCGAGCCUACACCAUUUCGUGAUGGCACGGCUUUCAUUUCGUCUCCUCACCUUCCCGGGAGAUAUGCAGUUGGCUCUCUUUCGACUUCUGCUGCUGCUUCUCCUCCUUCUGUUCCAACAAACCAAGCUGCUCGGCUACUAGCACAGCAGCACAACGAACAAGCACCAGCAGACAGGAUACAGACGUCAUGGAUGGCGACAGUGGACCGGGUCAUCAACAAAAGACCACAGGAACGAGAUGCUGCUUCCAACAGCAAAGGAGAUGAUGAAUCAUCCAUUCAAGCCCUGAAUCAAGCACCGAUUCCAUUCCAGCAAUCGCAAGGGAAGAAGCGAGCAAGGCUUGACCAACAGUUGGUCGUCGAUUCUACUAGUAGAACGGACCAUGAUCAUGAAGGAGAAGCGGGGCGUACCAAAUCACGAUUCCGAGACUAUCAAAAGGAUCAGUGGGAUCAACAGUUUCUGGAAUUGUUAAAAUUCAAAGAAACCCAUGGCCAUUGUCAUGUUCCGCAUACUUACAAAGAAAACCCUGCCCUCGCCCGAUGGGCCAAACGUCAACGGUACCAAUACAAGAGGAAGUUGGAACACAAGCAAUCCUCCAUGUCGGAUCCUCGACAACAAAAAUUGGAAGAUGUCGGUUUCAUAUGGGACUUGCAGACCAUGGUUUGGCAAGAACGCUUCAAUGAGCUGGUGGAAUACAAACAAAGGCACGGCGAUUGCAACGUCCCCUGUCGCUUUGAAGAAAAUCCUACCCUUGGCAUGUGGGUCAAGUGUCAACGUCGACAGUACAAGCUCUAUCGCUCCAAUCAACUGUCACGUUUGACUCCCGAGCGUUUUCAACUCUUGGCCAAUCUGGGAUUCACGUGGGAGCCACAGGCUUCUGGUGGUGGUAUUGCAAACAACAAUACUAAAAAGGCAAACAACAGGUUAGAUCAAAGAAGAUAA